UCUUUGCAGAUAAUAAUAUCCAGCCCUGCGUCCAACUUAGCACUGACAGACUUCUCUUGUCUGCUGCGAGGGAAUGAUCAGUGCCUAAUGCAAGCCUCGGAACAGCUGGGAUCUGUCUAGAAACCUCCCCAAACAUUUCUCAUCGUUGCGGAGAGUUUUAAAUCUUGCUUUUUGUUCCCCACCACCACCCCUCCCUCCAUCUCCUUGGAAGGCAGCGGAAGGUGAGCUUUCUCCAGCGCUGGGUGGAUUUUUAAUGAGAGAUGCCUGGCAUCAUGUCUUCGGGCUGCCCGUCCACUUCCAGCUCACUAACUGCUGCCUGCACCUCCUCCUGCACCGGACGCAUUGCAAGUUCCUGCAAGGACUAUGACCUGGAGUACGACUCCUACCAGCCUUACUUCUACCCGGACGACUAUGGCCCUGAGGCAGACUUCUACCCCCCCAGCGAGGACAUCUGGAAGAAGUUUGAGCUGCUACCCACCCCUCCGCUGUCUCCGAGUCGGGCAGGGAGGUGCCGAGCCCCUGAGGAUUGGGUAUCCGAGCUGCUGCUGCUGGAGGACGGGGAUGGGGAUGGAGAGGAGCCCGGGCUUGGCUUGUGUUGCUGUGGGGGAGGAGUGUCAGGAGGAGCUGGGGCUGCAGGGAGCUGCAACCAGAGCGGGGGCAGGAGCCAGCUGAACGCCAUCGUGCUGCGGGACUGUAUGUGGAGCGGCUUCUCCGCCCGGGAGAAGCUGGAGAAGGUGGUCACCGAGAAGCUGUACGCAGCUCAGGCUCACAGCAGGCUGGGGCUGGGUCUCCCCCCGGGAUCCCCCUCUCCAUCAGCAGCAGCACCUGCCCCCGGGGCACGGUGCCCCCCUACCGCCCCCAGCCCCAGCUCCCUCCAGCUCCCAGCCCCCGACACUCAGUGCGUGGACCCGGCUGUGGUCUUCCCAUUCCCUGCCCCACGGGAGGACCCAGACCCGGCCCCAGCAUCUCCCCCUGGCCCAGUCCCGGCCCCUGCCCAGACCCGGGGGUCAGCAGCUGCCCCCACACUCAUCGGAUCCGGCAACGAGACCCCCAGCGACUCCGAGGAAGAUGAGGAUGAUGAUGAGGAAGAGGAGGAAGAAGAUGAGGAAGAGGAGGAAGAAGAAAUUGAUGUGGUAACAGUCGAGAAACGACGAUCAUCAUCCAACAAGCAUGUGACGACCCUGACAGUGACUGUGCGCUCUCACACCGCGAGCUGCGGGUCAUCGAAGAACCACAGCACCUCUCUGAUGAAAAGGUGUGCACCUAUACACCAGCAGCACAACUAUGCUGCCCCCUCGCCCUACACAGAAUGCGACGAGAUGCCACCUCUGAAGAAGGUGAAGAGUGAAACUGUGCGCCUCGCCAAGCAGGUGGCGCCCCCUAGAUCCAAAAGUGUGAGCCCCCGUGGAUCCGACUCCGAAGACAACGAGCGGCGACGCACUCACAACAUCUUGGAGCGCCAGCGGCGCAAUGACCUCCGCUCCAGCUUCCUCACCUUACGGGACCAAAUACCAGAACUUGUGAAAAACGACAAGGCGGCAAAAGUCAUCAUUCUGAAAAAGGCCACCGAAUAUGUGCAGGCUCUGCAGUCGGAGGAGCAGAAACUGUUGUCGGAAAAAGAGAAACUGAAAGCCAAGCAACAACUGCUAGUUAAGAGACUGGAGGAAGUGAGGACUCGCUAGGCCAAGGCUACCCCAACUGGUUGAAUGCCACUUUUGCACAUUUUAGACGUCAAGAAUGUUUCAGAGUUUUUUUCUGGUUAUCAGUCCAGCCGCAUUUGAACAUGGACAAAAUACUUCUGAAGCCUUAGAGGUACCUGUGUCUGUCAAUGGAGAUCCAUUUUGAGAAGGCUUAUUGAUUGUCUCUUCGAAAACCUAUGUAAAUACCAGUUUUAACAACUGCCUUUUUCAUGUGAUGGUUUGUUAAGAAAAAAAAGAGCCACAGUCUGUGCUGCCGUUUUUUUGGACUGGAAUUUUAUACAGAAUAAUAACUCAAAUGUUUGAGGAGCAUGAACUUUUCGUAUAAAGACUUCUUGUUAAUCUUUGUUAUGUACUGUACUAAUUCUUACACUGCCUGUAUCCUUAGUGUGAUGCUGAUACAUGACUAAAUUUGAUACCUAUAUUUUCGUAUGAAAAUGAGUUGUGAAAGGUUUGAGUAGAUAUUACUUUAUCACUUUUUUGACUAAAAUUUCUUUUGUACAGAAAUUACUAUAUAUGCCUUUACCUAACCUCUCUCUCGUUUGUGUUGCUGUUGGGUUCAUAGAACUGGGUAAUUGGCUGAGUUACGUGUUUUUCACAAUGUACAUAUAGUGCUGCAACUUAUAGCACUUUUGAAAUACCUCAAGUUUAUGAAAAUAAAUCCUAUGAAACUAA